GGCUAGCGUGUAUCACCGAAUUCAGGCUUGUCACUCAAGAAGCCAAUGCUGAGAGAUAAGUACUGGAUCAAAGAAAAGCAGCUUUAUCUUAAGGAAGCCAGCAACCUGGGGAGAAGCUGAGUUAAUAUGCGGAAGAACCAACUCCUCAAGUUUCAGCCAGGAUCCUACAAGAAGGGAAGCAGGCAAUUGCUGCAGGCCACCAGCUGGGGUGGGCUGUGCUUCUAGUGCUGAAACGGCAAGGUUCCUACAGCAGUGCCUGCCCGCCCGCAUCACCAUGUGUGCUUCCUCAAGGCUGGGCUCCAUGCCCAUCGUGAGCGUCCUCUUCCGCCUCCUGCAGCUGCUCUCCACCUGCGUGCCCUUCUCCCUGGUGGCCAGCGACGACAUUCUGAAGGGGGACAUCAUUAACUGGUACAUGUUCCUCUGGUGCUUCUGCUUCACUGUGAGCCUCCUCAUCUUCCUAGUGGAGCUUUGUGGGCUCCAGUCCCGCCUCCGGGACUGGAACUUUAUCUGGGAUAAAUUUCUCUAUGCCUAUGCCUUUAACUUCGCCAUCGUCUGCCUCACAACCUCCAUCAUCUUCGGCACCGCCCACAUUCAGUUCUUGUCUCCAGGCCCCACCCGGGACCGCGCCAUCACUGCCACCGCUUUCUCCUGCAUCGCCGCUGUGCUCUAUGCCAUUGAAGUGGCCUGGGUUUGUCUCCGGCCUGGCGAUAUGUCCUGCUUUGUGCCCACCUUGCCAGGCAUGCUCCGGAGGCUGGAAAACAUUGCGGCCUGCGUCAUCUUCGUCUUCGUCAGCAGCCGCUCCCUGUACCAGCACCAGCCGGCCCUGGAGUGGUGUGUGGCCGUGUAUGCCAUCUGCUUCAUCCUGGGGGCCGUGAACUUCCUCGUGAAUGGGUCUGACUGUGACAACGACAAAAAGCUGCCUGUCCGUUACCCCCGCUUCCUGCAGGGACAGACCGUGCUCUCACUCCUCCUCUAUGCCAGCGCUCUGGUCCUCUGGCCUCUCUACCAGUUCAGUGAGAAGUUGGGCGGCCAGCCCCAGCGGUCCAGCGAUGCCAGCUGCAGCGAUCACCUCACCUCCUUCGUCUGCAUCUGGGACCAGCGACUGACUGUGACCAUCUUGACAGCCAUCAACCUGCUGCUUUACGUGGCUGACACCGCGUACUUGGCCCGAGAGGCUCUUGUAGGAACUCAGGCUCAGCCCAGGGGCUCCCGAUAACCAUUCUCACUGGAAGUUUCUUUACUGGUGUCCUCUGGUGGCCUCUUCCUGGUGCCCUCUGACCCUUCUCACGUCCCUCCCCCUCAUCCCAGCCUCUUCUCUGUUUCCUUCCCUUCUUCUGCUCUGUCUCCCUCCCUCUUUUCUCUGGCUGCCCACACUCUGCUUUGCCUCUUUCUCUGUCUGCUCUCAUCUUUUCUACAUUUUCUGCUCUUUGCUGCUUUUCUGGUCUUUUGUCGUCUCAUCUCCUGUGAGCUGACCACGUCUUCCCAUGUUUCUUCUCCUGAUCACUGGGGACCCCAAGACGUCCUCCUUCUCUGCCCCUCCCUCCUCCUAAGGUGCUCAAGGCACAUCACACAGCCCUCUGUGCAGCUCCUCAUACCCCGGGCCUCGGGAGGGCUCUUGUUGCCAAAGCUGCCUGUGCCCCUGGCUGUGCCUUAGGUGUGGGGUGUGUGUGGAUUUGGGGGGUGGGGUGGAUAGCUAGGGAUUGGGCCCCCUUUUUCCCAGUGGAGGAGGUGUACAGUGCACCUCUCCUUUGAGUUAAGGUCUGCAAAGCUCAGUAAUAUCUAGCAGCAGGAAGCUUCACACAGAGACCCUCUGAGGCCCACCUGGUGCUCAGCCCCACCUGAGACUGGCUCCAGAGUUUGUGCAGUCUUACCAAAAUCCACAGCGGGCUCCGAGGAAGCCAGGGGUGGGCUCCUUCCAUCCCACCUACUCUCUGGGGAAUCGAAAGUGGAGCUGGCAAAGGAGGCCAAGGUCUUUAGGACAACUGUCUAGAGCACUUUUGAGGGUCAGGGACGUGACCCUCCUGCCUCAGUGCUAAAGGCAGCAUGUCCUGCCUCUGCAGGGAGAAGCAAAUGGCCAUUGCCAGCUUGAAAGCUGAUGUGAGCCUGGGUGUUUUAUUUUUUUUUCUUGUUUCUGGCUAGGAGGGCAAAAAUGCUGGGUGCCCCUGUUCUUCAAGGAGAAGUUUCUUUGCAAAUUCUCUUGGGGUGGUGGCUGGGCUGGGUGGGGACUGCUUCUGCCACAGUCAAAGAAACUGCAGGGCGUGAGAGUGUUUUUCAUGUGCCUCUAGCCUUCUGCUAUGGCCUCCUGCUUCUCUGAAACUCAGGCAUAAUCCGAUCUCUAAAAUGUAUACAGUUAUUUCUCUUAUUCCCUGGAACUUCUGCUUCACAUCAGCCCCUCUGCUAGACAUAGAGAAAAGCCUUGUCCCUGAUCCCAAAUCCAGCCAGUUCCUUAUGCUUUAACCUUUUAAAGAUGAAAGAAAGAAAAACCACAAACCCCACACAUCACCAAACCCUAAUUGCCUCCAAUGUGCCUAGAGCUCAGAAGAGGCCUAGAAGAUUCCCAGCCUCCCCCCCAGAGUCCCUCUCUGGGAGCCCCUCCCCCAGCCUCCCCUCCCCCUGCCCAGCCAGAGCCUAGGGAGUGGCCCAGCCCUGGGAAACUAGAGUUAGGCCCCACCCCAAUGCUCUACAUCCUGUCCUCUAGCUCUUGAAGGGGCCCUGCAGCUCCUAGAUGCCUCUCUCUUUAACGUGUGGGCCUGUGUGCUUAUCAGUGUGUGUGUGUGUGUGUGUGUGUGUGUGUACACGUGCAUGCAUUGAGAUCAGCAACACUUUUUAGUAACUGGGGGCCUGGAAGUCACCCCAGGCCUUCUUCCUCUUUUACUCUCAGCCACAAAGCCCCAGAGCCCAGCAUCCCAGUGUCAGCAGGGCAGAGGGCCCAGGGCAGCAGAGCUGUGGGGGAGGGGAGGGGAGGGGAGGGACCCUCACGGCUGCCUCUCACUCCUUUGCUGGGAGGAAGCAGGAGCUCCUCACCCAGGGGCAGGUUGGGUGGAUGGGGAGGGCCCAAGGAGGUGGUCCCAUGGCAGGCAAAUCUGAAGAUGAAAUGAAAUAAAAUGCACGUGUGAAGGCAAGGCAAGAAAA